AAUAUGGCGCUGUAGCAACAUGUCAACAAAGAUUCCGUUUUCGAAAUCAUACCAAUUCUUUACUAAUUUUUAAAGCUGUUCAGUGUUAUAUUUUUAAAAUGGGCUCGGCAAAACAACAGACAUCAAUUUCGCGGGUUAUGGAUAUUUUGCAAGAAUGGGACAGGGGUACAAAGCAAGUCAGAAGAAAGAUGUUAGAAGAUUUCAUAGCACAAAAUCAAAAUAAAACGGGACCCGAGCUUGAACAGGAGUUCGCUCAAGCAGCCAGUCUCUUUCUCACUAGGUUAACAGCAUGGCUUAGACUUACUUACAUGACUGGAGUAUGUUUGAAUGAGUUACUUCAAGCUGUGACAGUUUUUCUUGCUGCAUCUAGUGGUCAUAAGUUCAUGGCAGAAUUUAUGGAAGUAGGCGGAACACUGACAUUGUUGGAGAUCAUUGGUCUUAAACAAGCCAAGGAAGCUGACAAAACUGCAGCCCUGAGGUGUCUACAUCACAUCGCCAAUGCCGGGAGGAAAUAUAAAGAGCUGAUUUGUGAAAGCUAUGGUAUCAGAGCUGUAGCGGAGUGUCUGGCCAAGUCUAAAGUGGAGGAGACGCAGGACGCUUGCAAGAAUCUACUUCUUAUGCUUGCACAGGGCAAUCCAAAGUUUCAAAAUCAGGUCUACAAAGGAUUUAUUGCCCUGCUGCCCUGUAGCUCCCCCAAAGCCCAACAGAUGGCAUGCAGUGCCUUACGUGUGGUGCAGCCCAUUGUUGGAACAGCCAACGCAACAAUUAUAGAGCCACUGCUGAAUCUUUUGAGGACAUUACACCUUGAGGUCCAGUUUGAAGCCAUUGAGCUGAUAAAAGAGUUGAUGGAUUAUGAGGUUGCUGAUUCGCUGUUAAGUGGCCUAGUGGCCCUGUUGAGGCCAGCAGUUGAAGAUGUGUUGGCCAGGCAUGACACAUCUGAUGACUCCCUACAACCCAAGUUAAAUGCUCCAAUGCCUGUGUUUGUACAACAAGCUGCCGCUGCUAAAACUAUCGGAAUUCUAGCUCGAGACAAUAACAGAGUAGCUGAGAAGCUUAUUCAGUUGAGGGUGACACACCACCUGUUGUAUGCUAUGGGGAAUGUUGAUUAUGCAGACAGCCAAAGACAAGCCAGUGUUACUCUAGAGCACUUUUGUCGGACUUUCUCAAUUGUUGAUGACCAUGUGCGUGAUGCUAUUGGAGAAACUUUGUACGAUUUGUUUAUGUCAAACCCAGAAACCUUGUAUCUCAACAUGAACCAUGUGCAAGCUGAUGUUUUAGUCUCCAACAAAGUCAACAUUCCCAAAUUGAAACAGAUCAAAGAGUGAAAUUUCUCAAAGAUAAGAAACCCUUAUUUCUGUACAAAAAUUAAUGCCUGUGAUGAAUACUGUGUGUUGUUUGUUAUUAUUAUUACUGUAUUAAGUAACCAGUAUGGCACUAUGCAUAUACAAUAAUUUAUUAGUUAUUUUGAUAAUUUUAUAACUACAAUUUUCUUAAAGCUUUUCCUGGGACUAGAUAUUUUUUUUUAUUGGUUUGUGCAUUAUACUAAAAAAAAUUGUUAUGUUAAAUUUUAUAGUAAGUAUUCCUUGGUAAUUAAUUGAGCCAAAAAUGCUUUUUUUUAAAAGUUGUUUUUGUAAAAAAAAAAUUAAUGUAAAAACUGUUAAGAAAAUUUAAUAAUAAAAAAAUUGUAUGUGAACUAUUACUAACUAUUAGUGAAAUACAUGUUUAAUUUUUCCAUUUGAUUAACUAUUUAUGUGAUGUGUUGUUUUUUUCUCAGAUUUUUUUAUGUAACUACUUUUACAAAUGUUGUGUCAUUUAAUUAAAAACAGUUAAGACUAUUUUUUCUAUGGAUUAAAACAGAGUGUUUGCUAGUUAGUCAGACAAAAGAAACAGUUGUUAGGUAUUUCCUAUCGGACAUUUGAAAAUGUGAACAAUAAAUUAUAGACAUGAUAUUGAAAA